AUGGCGGUUGCACAGUUAGUGUCUCUGUUCGAGACAAUCCACCAAGAGUCCUCAAUUAAAACAACUUCCAGGAGCCUUCGAAGCCAUCACAUCUCGUCCUCCAAAGUGCGUCUGCACCUCCAGACCAUCUUCAGCCACAACCCUCUCCACCGAUCGAACAAGAGUCCUUCGAGCGACAUGGCGUCCCCGACCUCGUCGUCCACGCCUUCGAGCCGAUCCUCGCCAAGUUCCUCUUUCAGCAGCUUCGGAAGCCGAAGUCGAAGCCGUGUUCAAGCACCGGUCAACGAUCUCGACUCUGCCAUCCUCUCUCCUGUCUCAGCCCUUCCGAGCAACCAAGCCCGAUCAUAUAGGAUUCGUCGACAGCCAUCAGCCAUCGAUCUGGCGCUGCAAGAGGAAAUAUUAUACGCUAAUGAGGUCGAGACUAUUGGGCUGGGGUUUCUUGAGCCCCGGCCUCGAGCAAACACUGCUUCAUCAACUGCAUCCUCUCAGCAAUGCUCCAUCAUGGAGUUCAUGAACGAGACUGCUGUUACGCCCGUGGUUUUGGACUCGAUCUUUGAUGUCAUGGAGCGGUCAUAA